GAUUGAUUUUAGGAACUUCAUCUGUUUUACGAUAAAAUAUAUAAAUUCGUUUCAUUUUUUGGUUUUGCGUACGAAUUGGUUAUUUUUUGCAAUUAUCACAACAGAAAACAAAACAGAAAGAAAACUCCAAAACCAUUCUUAGCUCUAAUUAAAGUACUUAUCUAGAGCUAUUAAAAUAAACUUUUCUUAUUUUUAAAAUUGUUCCAGUUUAUGUUAUUUUCAAUGUAAAGAGUCUCGCACGGUACAAAUUUCGUUAUGGAAUUACCCAUAUGUAUAAGACAAUGGAUUAAGGGACCUCGAAAUUGUAACAGAAUCAAUUUGAAUUUCUUAUCACGCGCAAAAAGUUAUCAGCUGUGUAAUGUAUAUUUGAACUUUCCGUAAGCGCUGUGUUCGUUACACUGUCAACAAGCAGGCGGCCAAGUUGUGGCAGUUCUAUGAUAUGCCAUUUUACACAAAUGCUGCGACACUAUUAAACAAAUCCUGACACGGGGAAUUGUAAUCACUAUAAUAGAGUAUAUAAUUCAGAGUUUAUAAAUUUGAUUAUGUGUAAUAUUAUAUUUCUUGGAAAUACCUACAUAAUGUUGAAAUGUUUUAUUUCAUAACUUUAGAACGACCUUCAGCUGUAAAUGUGAAAAAGGUACAUAUAAUGUACUUAUACAAGGUGCGUUCCAAAGUAAACAGGACUUUUAACAAAAAGACAGAACAAAUAGGUUUUUCGGCAAAAUCAAUUUAUAUUAUUCAAAAUAGUUUCCUUCUGCUUUAAUACAGCUUUUUGCACGGUCCAAAAGCAUGUCGAACGAGUGUUUUAUCUCGUUGCCCGGUAUGGCCUCCAGUAUGCCGGUGCAAGCCGUUUGAAUGGCCUCGACGUCUGCAUAACGCCUUCCUUUCAUCGGCAAAUGCAUUAUUCCGAAAAGGUAGAAGUCGCACGGUGCCAUAUCAGGUGAAUACGGGGAGUGGUUGAUGGUUAAAAUGUGAUUUUUGGUCAAAUAGUCGGUCCUUCGAAUGUUGAAUUCAGAACAAUUUUUGGACGUCAGUCAAUUUGUGCGGAACAAACCGUGCACACAAAUUUUGAAAGCCCAAAUGUUCGGUCAAAAUGCGAUAAAUCGAUGUUUCGGAGAUGUUUCCAUAAAUUUCAAUGAUGAUUUCGGCUGAUUUUUUAUGAAUUCACGCACAGUUUCGAUGGAAUUUUCGGUUAUCGCGGAUUUUGGUUGGCCCACAUGUUCAUCGUCAUUUAUGUCCUCACGAUCACUUUGAAAACGUUGGAACCACUCGUCCACUCUGCUACGGGAUAGGCAACCAUCGCCAUUAACUUGUUUCGUCAAUUGAAACGUUUCGGUAAAAGUUUUAAAACAAAAUUAAAUGUUGGCUCUUUGUUCGAAGCUCAUUUUCGCACCGAUGACAAAAACAUACUGACACUUAAAACGCAAUAACUUCACUUCCAAUAGAUGAAAUGUCAUGAAAUUUUUACUGGAAGUCGAUAAAGGAUAGCAGAUUCUAACGCACUAGUUGAUAUAUAGAUGGCGCCACUAGAUGGCGCUAGAUUCAAAAAGUCCUGUUUACUUUGGAACGCACCAUGUAGUAAGGGUUAUAUGACGAAAUUUAUUGUAUUUUUAUAAUUUGCGAUCUUGCGGUUACUUUUGAAAAUAUAAAUCAACAAGGAAUAAUAAAUCGAAAGUUUAGUUAGUGAGUAGUCCACUUCCGACCCAAUUGAAAGUCUUUUCUUCGUGAUAUUAUUAAAAUUGUAAAUAUGGCAUCAAUAGAGGACAAAUAUGAUGUCCUUUACUUAAUAGGAUCGGGAGGAUUCUCCAAAGUGCGCUUGGUCGAGACUAGAACGAGCCCAGUGGAACGAUAUGCAGUUAAAAUAAUUGAGAAAACAUCCUUUAUUGGCUAUGAAGAGUUUUUGGAUAAUGAGAUUGAAGUGCUGAAAAGAUUUAGCAGAUUGGAAUCAGAAGAACCAUUAUCGCAUCCAAAUAUUGUGCAACUGUUUGAAAUAUACGAAGAUGUCUCCAAAGUAUAUAUAGUCAUGGAACUGUUUAACGGUGGCGAGUUAUUUGAUCGGAUUGCGAAAAAAGGUUACUACAGUGAACGCGAUGCAUCUCAGCUGCUCAAGCAACUUUUCGACGCUGUCAACUAUCUGCAUCAGCAUGGGAUUGUCCAUCGAGAUCUAAAGCCCGAAAAUCUUUUAUACUACAGUCCAGACGAAGAUAGUAAAAUAAUGAUUGCUGACUUUGGAUUUGCAAAAAUGGACACGUCGAACCUAAUGGUAACUGUGUGUGGAACUCCGGAAUAUGCGGCACCAGAAAUCUUUGCUAGAGUGCCAUAUGGCAAAGCUGUGGAUGUCUGGAGUCUGGGUGUGAUCGCCUACAUACUGCUUUGUGGUAAUUUUCCAUUCUAUGAUAAAAACGAUGACAUGUUAUUUGCCAAAAUAACUAGAGGUUUCUAUGAAUUCCAUUCGGAGUAUUGGGAUGAAAUUAGUGAAUCUGCCAAGAAUUUGAUAUCGAAUUUAUUGCGUGUCAAUGUGAAUGAGCGUUACACAUGCCAGCAGGCAUUGGAUCAUCCCUGGAUAUCUGGCAAUGAGGCAAUUAGUCGCAACAUACACGACUCUGUGUCCCAGCAGCUUAGAAAAAACUUUGCCAAGUCCCGUUGGAGGCGAGCAGUCCAAGUCAAUACAGUCAUCCGAAACAUGCAGCAAUUGGCACUCAACAGUAAGAACAAAUUUUGAAUCGGAUACAACUAAAACAAAUUAAAAUCACCCAUUUAGUUAUUUAUUUAUAAAUAAAUGAAGCUUUAAUCGAUCUGAUUAUUUGCCGCAGUCUGCUGCAGAUCCUACUCGCUGAG